UUGGUUUGGCGUGGUUUAACCUCUAUCAGCGAACGAGGGUAUGCGAACGCGGCGACGCUAUGGGACCAAAGAAAGCCAAGGCGAAGAAGAAGUCAACAGGGGGCGACAAAGCCGAUGAGAAGGUGGACAAUGUCGACGGUCCGCUACCAGCCGAACCUGCCUUGGCGAUGCCGAGCGAUGAAGAGUGGGUCACGUUGGACUUAAAGCUUCUCAAUUGGAAAUUUUUGGAUUUCAAGCAUCGGGUAAGAACAACAACACACAUCUUCACGAUCAAGAACCUUCUGCUGGAGCAUCAUGGGCGGGUAGCUGACCUCAUCGUCUGCAAGGGGGCCUUCACGGAAGCUAACGAGCUCAAAGACGAGAUGCAGACCCUGAAAGGCUACGGCAUCAAGGGGGCGCCCCGCGGAGUAGACCCUCCGGUGAUGGUGCCGCUAUUUUACGACUUCAAGCCGAUCGCGUACGACGAACCUUUGCUACUGGUGGGUUAUUUAGUCCUACUUGUACCCCGCGCUGGUAUGAUCUCUGUCUUGGCCGCUACAUACGACUCUACGUAUUUGCGCUUCAUAGGGGAGGAGAUCAUUGGCCCGAGUCACGCACGCGUGAGAACUGCAAAAUGAUGUGUUGCGCGCGAUAAACAUCCCUGAGAGGCAGAGAGCUUGGAUUCUGUACGUUUGGGCUCCCAAGCGCAAAGAUUUACUCACAGGUCUUGCAACACUGGCGGUACGUGGCGAGAUUCCUGGUCAAUAGGCUUGUUCAGUGCUUGACUUGUAGACUGGUCGACCAGAUAUAGCCUCUGCUGUGUCACGUGCCCAUCAAACGCACGCAGUUUUGUCGAAAUCUGACUGCAGGUGUGGAAUCGGUGACACGUGCUACGAACAGGAAUCCUUUGGGGAGGGCAUA